AUGAGUAACCAUGAACCCCAGGGCAGUGAAAGGUGAGAGAUGUGAAUCUGGUGACUUGGAACACUAGGCCUAUCGUUCGUGUGGUUGCCUAGUUUUCUAUCACGCCAGAGGCUGCCAGAGAAACAAGACACGUUGGGCACUUUGCCACUUUGCCACCAUGCCACACCCUUUUUACACUGAAAGAAAUCAUCUGAAUUCUGGUUAGACAAGUCAACGAUCAGAUCACUGAAGAGGUUUGAGUGUCACCGAAGUGCUGACCUAUAUAGAUAUUCAAUUAUACUGAACAAAAAUAUAAACGCAACAUGAAAAGUGUUGGUCCCAUGUUUCAUGAGCUGAAAUAAAAGAUCCCAGAAAAAAGCACAAAAAGCUUAUUUCUCUCAAUUUUUGUGCACAACAUUGUUUACAUCCCUGUUAGUGAGUAUUUCUCCUUUGCCAAGAUAAUCAAUCCACCUGACAGGUGUGGCAUAUCAAGAAGCUGAUUAAACAGCAUGAUCAUUACACAGGUGCACCUUGUGCUGGGGACAAUAAAAGGCCACUCUAAAAUGUGCAGUUUUGUCACACAACACAAUGCCUGUCAGUGUUUGCUGUAGGUGGGUGUGGUGUUGGAAUCAGGCGCAGGACGCAGAAAAUAAGUCCAAAAGACUUUAGUGAAGGCACAAACUAAUACACGAGACAAAAGCCCUGAGGCGAGAAACUCCGCACGCAGGCGUAAAACAAAAGGGCGCACUAAACAGGUGCGAGUAUACUCUCCUUAACAGAGGAGAAAAGCUACAACGAGCAAACGGUAUACUGUAGAGCAAAUACACGACAUCGAAACAAUCACACACAACACCUGACAAACACAACGAGAACUUAUAGGACACUAAUGACACUAAACGACAACAGGUGUACAAUUCCAGACAAGACCAAACGAACAUAGAAACAUACAACGGUGGCAGCUAGUAUUCCGGAGACGACGAACGCCGAAGCCUGCCCGAGCAAGGAAGAGAGGCAGCCUCGGCCGAAACCGUGACAGUACCCCCCCCGACUCCGGCCUCGGGGACGACCAGGAGGACGCGGAGCAGGGCGCGUCGGGUGACUACGAUGGAAUUCCGUCAGGAGAGACGGGUCCAAAAUGUCUCUCCUCGGCACCCAGCACCGUUCCUCCGGGCCGUACCCCUCCCACGCCACCAGAUAUUGGAGACCCCCCAUCCGACGUCUCGAAUCCAAGAUGGACCGCACGGAGUACGCCGGUGCCCCCUCGAUGUCCAAUGGGGGCGGAGGAGUCUCCCUGAUCUCAUUUUCUUGGAGUGGGCCAGCUACCACCGGCCUGAGAAGAGACACAUGGAACGAGGGGUUAAUACUUUUAUACUCAACAGGUAGUUGUAAUCUGUAACACACCUCGUUCAAUCUUCUCACGACUUUAAACGGCCCCACAAACCGCCGACCCAGUUUCCGACAGGGCAGGCGGAGGGGCAGGUUUCUGGUAGAGAGCCAGACUCGAUCACCAGGUGCGUACACCGGUCCCUCACUGCGGUGGAGAUCGGUGCUCGCCUUUUGACGACGGAGGGCCCGCUGCAGGUGGACGUGUGCAGCGUUCCACGUCUCCUCCGAGCGCCGCACCCACUCAUCCACCGCAGGAGCCUCGAUCUGGCUCUGCUGCCAAGGUGCCAGAACCGGCUGGUAACCUAACACACAUUGGAAAGGGGUUAGGUUAGUGGAGGAAUGGCGUAGGGAAUUCUGGGCCAUUUCUGCCCAGGGAACGUACCGUGCCCACUCCUCCGGCCGGUCCUGGCAGUAUGAUCUAAGAAACCUACCCACAUCCUGGUUCACACGUUCCACCUGCCCAUUACUCUCCGGAUGGUAACCCGAGGUGAGGCUCACCGAGACCCCCAACCGCUCCAUAAAGGCUCUCCAGACUCUGGAGGUAAAUUGGGGACCUCGAUCAGACACAAUAUCCUCGGGUACCCCGUAGUGCCGGAAAACAUGGGUGAAUAGCGCUUCGGCGGUCUGUAGGGCAGUAGGAAGGCCCGGCAUAGGGAGCAAACGACAGGCCUUAGAGAACCGGUCCACAACGACCAGUAUAGUAGUAUUCCCCUGUGAGGGAGGAAGGUCAGUGAUGAAAUCCACCGAGAGGUGAGACCAUGGUCGUUGUGGAACGGGCAGGGGUAGUAACUUACCCCUAGGCAGAUGUCUAGGCGCCUUACACUGGGCGCACACCGAGCAGGAGGAGACAUAAACCCUCACAUCCCUCGCCAACGUGGGCCACCAGUACUUAGCACUAAGGCAGUGCACUGUCCGGCCGAUACCAGGAUGUCCAGAGGAGGGUGACGUGUGAGCCCAAUAGAUCAAUCGAUCCCGAACCUCGAGCGGAACGUACUUCCGACCCUCCGGGCAUUGAGGUGGACUAGGGUCGGUGCGCAACGCCCGCUCGAGUUCAGCAUCGACCUCCCACACUACCGGUGCCACCAGACAAGACUCCGGCAGUAUGGGAGUGGGCUCCACGGACCUCUCCUCCGUGUCAUACCGCCGAGACAGUGCGUCUGCCUUACCGUUCUGUGACCCAGGGAUGUACGUGAUCUUAAAUACGAACCGGGUCAAAAACAUAUUCCACCGCGCCUGGCGAGGGUUCAGUCUCCUAGCUGCCCGGAUGUACUCCAGGUUAAGGUGGUCCGUCAAAAUGAGGAAAGGGUGUUGAGCCCCCUCAAGCCAGUGCCUCCACACCUUUAGGGCCUGUACCACGGCUAACAGCUCCCUGUCCCCUACGUCAUAAUUUCGCUCCGCCGGACUGAGCUUCUUGGAAUAAAAAGCACAGGGGCGGAGUUUAGGUGGCGUGCCGGACCGUUGCGAAAGCACGGCUCCUAUACCGGCCUCUGACGCGUCCACCUCUACCUAAAAUGGUAAAGAGGGAUCCGGAUGCGCCAGCACCGGAGCCGAGGUAAACAGGUCCUUCAGCCUCCCAAACGCCCUGUCCGCCUCGGCUGACCACUGCAAACGCACCGGACCCCCCUUCAAAAGAGACGUUAUGGGAGCUGCCACCUGUCCAAAACCCCGGAUAAACCUCCUGUAGUAAUUCGCAAACCCCCAAAACUGCUGCACCUCCUUCACAGUGGUUGGCGUUUGCCAAUUACGCACGGCUGACACCCGGUCUACCUCCAUCUUCACCCCUGACGCAGACAACUGAUAACCCAAAAAGGAGACCGACUCCUGGAAAAACAGACCUCUGCCUUGACAUACAGGUCGUGCUCCAACAGCCUCCGCAACACUCGGCGCACCAGAGCCACAUGCUCGACUCGGGUAGACGAGUACACGAGAAUGUCAUCUAUGUACACGACCACCCCCUGCCCCUGCAUUUCCCUGAAUAUCUCAUCCACGAAUGAUUGGAAAACUGAAGGAGCGUUCAUCAACCCGUAUGGCAUGACAAGAUACUCGUAAUGGCCCGAGGUGGUACUAAAGGCUGUCUUCCAUUCAUCGCCCCCCCUAAUGCGCACCAAGUUGUACGCGCUCCUAAGAUCUAAUUUAGUGAAGAAACGCGCCCCGUGCAAUGACUCCGUCAUGGUCGCAAUCAGCGGGAGUGGAUAACUGUACUUCACCGUGAUCUGAUUGAGACUACGGUAAUCAAUGCACGGGCGUAACCCACCAUCCUUUUUCUUCACAAAAAAGAAACUCGAGGACGCAGGGGAAGUGGAGGGCCGUAUGUAUCCUUGUCUCAGAGAUUCGUCUAUGUAAGUCUCCAUAGCUCUCUUCUCCUCCUGAGACAGAGGAUACACAUGGCUCCGUGGGAGCGCAGCUCCUGCCUGGAGGUCUAUCGCACAAUCUCCCUGCCUAUGGGGAGGCAACUGCGUCGCCCUCGACUUACUGAACACAAUAGCCAAAUCCCCAUACUCAGGGGGAACGUGCAAUGCGGGCACCUGGUUUGGACUCUCCACCGAGGUAGCCCCUACGGAAAUGCCUAAACAUCGACCCACACACUGGUCAGACCACUCCAUCAGAGCCCUCUCCUGCCACAAAAUAGACGGGUUAUGGGUACUCAACCAGUGCAUGCCCAGCACCACCGGAUACGCAGGCGAGUCGAUCAGAAAUAGCUGGAUCAUCUCCUGAUGACCCCCCUGCGCACACAUCCUAAGUGGCGCCGUGACCUCCCUGAUCAAGCCCGAUCCCAACGGACGGCUAUCUAGGGCAUGAACGGGGAAGGGGACGUCAACAGGAAGAAGGGGAAUCCCUAAAUCUAAACAAAAUGUCCUAUCAACCAAAAUUCCCAGCCGCGCCUGAAUCUACCAGCGCCUUAUGCUGGGAAUGAGGUGCUACCUGUGGAAAACGCACAGGUAUACAGAAGUGCGCAACAGAGAGCUCUGGGUGAGUGGGGCGCCUACUCACCUGGAAGGACUCCCCAGUGCAGGGCCUGUCGUCUUCUUCCCUAGGAGGCCAUCCCCAGCACCUAGCCGCGGUGUGUCCUCCCCGACCACAGUUGGUGCAGGAGAUGGACCCCCUCGUACUCCGACCCUUCCUCUCUCUAGCGCCAGCGCCCCCAAGCUCCAUGGGGCUCGGCUCGGAGGCGCUGGAGGGUGAAAUGGACGGACCUCCCUCGGGACGUCCGCGGGUAGCCAGCAGGGUGUCCAGCCUGAUGGACAUGUCGACUAACUGGUCGAAAGAGAGGCUGGUGUCCCGACAGGCCAGCUCCCGACGGACGUCCUCACGUAGACUACAGCGGUAGUGAUCGAUGAGGGCCCGCUCAUUCCACCCUGCAUCCGCCGCUAGAGUACGGAAUUCCAACGCGAACUCCUGGGCACUCCUCUUCCCCUGCCGGAGGCAGAACAGACGCUCCCCCGCCGCUUUCCCCUCCGGUGGAUGGUCAAACACCGCCCUGAAGCGGCGGGAGAACUCAGCGUAUGUGAUAGUGGUAGCGUCUAUCCUCCUCCACUCGGCGUUGGCCCAUUCUAACGCCUUGCCGGAAAGGCAGGAGAUAAGGGCGGACACGCUCUCGUGUCCCGAGGGCGCCGGGUGCACGGUGGCCAGGUAAAGCUCCACCUGGAGAAGGAAGCCCUGACACCCGGCAGCGGUCCCAUCGUAGGCCCUCGGGAGCGAGAGUCGAAUUCCUCUGGGUUCCGGAGCGGGAAUGGGCUGACUUGCUGAUGGUGAUGGCAGGGAAGGUGGCGUUGGGGGUGUCCCUCGGGUCUCCCAGCGUUGGAGUGUGUUGAUCACAUCCUGCAGGGCGGUCCCGAUCCGCAGGAUCUGGUCAUUCUGCUCCCGGACCCGAUCCUCCAACGUCUCCUGUGCUGCUGCGGCUCCUGCUGAUUCCAUUCAGAAGGUGUGUGAUUCUGUCAGUGUUUGCUGUAGGUGGGUGUGGUGUUGGAAUCAGGCGCAGGACGCAGAAAAUAAGUCCAAAAUACUUUAGUGAAGGCACAAACUAAUACACGAGACAAAAGCCCUGAGGCGAGAAACUCCGCACGCAGGCGUAAAACAAAAGGGCGCACUAAACAGGUGCGAGUAUACUCUCCUUAACAGAGGAGAAAAGCUACAACGAGCAAACGGUAUACUGUAGAGCAAAUACACGACAUCGAAACAAUCACACACAACACCUGACAAACACAACGAGAACUUAUAGGACACUAAUGACACUAAACGACAACAGGUGUACAAUUCCAGACAAGACCAAACGAACAUAGAAACAUACAACGGUGGCAGCUAGUAUUCCGGAGACGACGAACGCCGAAGCCUGCCCGAGCAAGGAAGAGAGGCAGCCUCGGCCGAAACCGUGACAAUGCCUCAAGUUUUGAGGGAGCGUGCAAUUGGCAUGCUGACUGCAGGAAUGUCCACCAGAGCUGUUGUCAGAGAAUUGAAUGUUAAUUCCUCCACCAUUAUUCCAACGUCGUUUUAGAGAAUUUGGCAGUACGUCCAACCGGCCUCACAACCGCAGACCACGUGUAACCACGCCAGCUCAGGACCUCCACAUCUGGCUUCUUCACCUGUGGAAUUGUCUGAGACCAGCUGUUGUAACUGAGGAGUAUUUCUGUUUGUAAUAAAACCCAUUUGUGGGGAAAAACUAAUUCUGAUUGGCUGGGCCUGGCUCCCCAGUGGGUGGGCCCCUGGUUGGACGUACAGUCAUGUAAAAUCUAUAAAUUACGGCCCAAUUUAUUUAUUUAAAUUGACUAAUUUCCUUAUAUGAACUGUAACUCAGUAAAAUCGUUGAAAUUAUUGCAUGUUGCGAUUAUGUUUUUGUUCAGUAUACUUACAAAUGCAAUGCACAAUACCUGCAGAAUAAUGACCCCUCAUAAAAGCAUAACUUUUUGUCCCCAGACUGAUAAAAACAGUUUACUGUAUCAUUAAUGCUGUUGUGACUGAUGGUGUGUGAUAUGUUAACCUACUGAGGUACACAAGGCUAAAUUGGAGCUGUGACAUAAACUACAACACUAGCACUAACUGACUAUUGCCUAUCUCUUGUUCACAGGCUUUCAGUGUGUUUAUGUAAGGCUGUAGGAAACAUGCAAAAACUGUGGCCUUAUCGGACCACAGAGAUACAGAGAGAGAAGUGAGAGAGACAAGAAAGGAAGGGGAGGGUUGUCUUGUAUGAAAAUGAGUGGGAGAGAAGUAAGAGAUGGUGAGAGGCCAGGGUUGAAGAGAGGGCAAAGAGAAAUAAAGAGAAAGAGAGGGUAGGAAAAUAAUAGACAGAGAGAUGGAUAGAGGCAGAAAGAGGGCAGAGUAUAUGUGUGAAUAUGACUGCCAUGGAAACCUAUAACAGUUGUGUUGUGAUACAGAAACCUGUUGGCUGUGUGAACAUUGACCUUGAAAAGUAAACAGUCUUUCCUGUACAUCUGUCUGAGGACAAUGAGGAUGAGGUCCACUGGCUUAUCAGGUUCCAUUCAAUCUUAAAGAGAGACAAUAUUCUAAUGAUGUCACUACACAGUACGAGAAAUAGCCUAUGAAUUUUGGUCACAAUUGUUUUAGGACCUUAUCUGCAGUUACCAUGCACAUUUAUCAUGAUUAAUUACAUUCUUAUUAUCAAAGAGGUUAUAAAAACAUGGCAACUUAGUAAAGUGUUUCUACCGUAUUCCUCAUCUCCUCUGUGGUAAGGCACUAAAGACUACACUUGAGUCAAAUCUGUUUUUUGAUCACCUAAAGCGCAGUAUUUUUCCCUGCGCAUGCUGAACUUGUUCUUCUUGUUUGUUUGGCGCCAUGACGAAUGCACUUUCUAUUAUUGCUAGCUCUAGACUGAGUCCCUAGGUGGCAGGCGCCUGUAGACAUGUUCACACAAGGCACAGACUGAAUCAACAAGCGGCACGCUUUGUCUGAGUCUGAGAGACAACUUUUGGUGUUCUCUGAUACUGUCUCUUUAAGAACUUACGGUUUAGAAUCACAAGCACUAUUAUCGGACAGUACCUUUCCAUGGCUUUGCAGUACCAGCCGUCCAACAUUAGUGUGUAAAACUGGGUCAGGAUGUAGGGGGUGGGGGUUCCACACCACACUGGAGGAUGGGCUGGUGUCAUGAACGUGAGAUUUUGGCAGCACUUCCUGUUUUUGUGCCGCAGUUGAAUGAGCGUAUGUGUGUAUAUCAGAGAGAGGAAGUGCAGACACAGAUGGGUCUGCAGCUGUACAGUUCAGCUCAACCCGCUCACCUCCACACCCCUAGUCUCCUCCCCCACUUGUCCAUUAACUGAAGUUGUAUUCUCUUAACUACAGGAUUUUAAUAACAUCUUGGUAUGCCCUUAUAAUUUCCUUUCUCUUUCAACCUACAGAGAUGGAGACAUCCCUGCCCCUGACCAGAAGGGUAAGCACCGUUCGCUCUUUGUUUGUGCAUGACAUGUUUUGUUUUGUCUCAUGUGGCAAAAAGUCCUGAAUGAAUGUUAUCUGAUAUUAUACCAGCAGAUGGCAGUAAACACCAGAAAAAUAUCUGUGUGUCUGUGUGUCUGUGUGUCUGUGGUGUAUAUUGGGCUGAUAAAGCAGGCUGUCUGAGAGUAGACGGAGUGGAUGUUAGAUGAGUCAGAGAGAGAUAGGAGGGAUAUGAGGACACAGAUGGCGAGAUAGGGGGAGAAUGAGCUAGAGAGAGGGAUGGAUGUAGAGCAGAGAGAGAGAGAGAGAGACCUGGCUGGUUCUCAGUCUGAGAUGAGGCUCCCUGCCCCAGAAAGGACAGGCUCCAUCUAUUAGCUUCCUUUCUGCCAAUGCCAGGCUCUCAGCCAGAAGGCCUGUGCCACACUCACUCCUGCUGGGUACAAAUAGCAAACAGCUCCCCCUGCCCCUGGAGUCAAAACCAUUUGCUUUUGAGAAAGGGUUUCACCAAAGCUGUGUUGUAUUCAUUAGGUAUCUCAUAGCUUAUUUUCAAAGAUGCAUUAUGAUGCAUUAGAAAAUCAAAAAUCAAAUUUAAAAAAUGACAAUUAUGACCAUUUGCAUGGCAAUUAAUCAUUACCCAUAAUCUUCACAUUCCUACUUUAGAUGCACUUACAGUAUGAAGCAUAUCGUUUUACAAGUCAUUCUGAAUUUCUGAAUGAAUCUGCUUCUGUAAAUGACUAAAAUGUAAGUGCAAACAGUUACAGCUCUCACACGGGGGCCCUCAGCACGAUACAUAGGAAAACCACAGACAUAUCACAAUUACAAUACGCUUAUACACUACCAGCCAAAAGUUUGGAUGCAGCUACUCAUUCAAGGGUUCUUUAUUUUUACCAUUUUCUACAUUGUAGAAUAAUAGUGAAGACAUCAAAAUGAUGAAAUAACACAUAUGGAGUUAUGUAGUAACCAAAAAAGUGUUAGAUAAAUCAAAAUAUAUGUUAUAUUUGAGAUUCUUCAAAUAGCCACCCUAUGCCUUGAUAGUAAAAAGAAAGGAAAACCCUUGAAUCAGUAGGUGUCCAAACUUUUGACUGGUAGUGUAUACAUACUGUAUACAGUAGUCCCCUGUAGCUCAGUUGGUAGAGCAUGGCGCUUGCAACGCCAGGGUUGUGGGUUCGUUUCCCACGGGGGGCCAGUAUGAAAAAUGUAUGCACUCACUAACUGUAAGUCGCUCUGGAUAAGAGCGUCUGCUAAAUGACUAAAAUGUAAAAUCUAAAUUAGUGAGUAAUCAGAGUGGAAGUUUCAGAUGAGUGAUGUGAGUGAAGAGGGUAUGCACUGAUGAGCUCAUCAGAGUUAACUUAGUCACAGUUUGAUAACAGAAGUGUAAAAUUUAGAUAAUGCUGAGUCAGACAGUAAAUAAGAGGCUCCAAAUCGAUAAUGUAUGAUGUUUUUUUUCUGCCAUUUCUCAGUAAUAGGCCUAUGUUAGGGUAGACGUGAGUAGAGACUCUCAGGUCCCCUUUCUAGGUCUUGUCAGAAAGCUUGCAGAGUAUGGGCUGGUGUUGUUUGGGGCUGUUCCCACAGAGGGUUACUGUAAACCUCUCUGCAUUAUGGGUAAAGUGGGGUGGAAAGAUGGAGAGAGGAGAGUUCCUAAUCCCAUAUUAACCCCUUACCCAAGACACUUCUAAUAAAAGUUAUGUUGUUCCAGGUAAUCUGACUGAAAGUGAUAACAGUGGCUCAGGAAGGCACACCUUUGCAGUAUAUUUGUAUUUUCCUCGUAUAGAAAUCCUUAUAGACAUCCUAUAGAAAAUCGUAUAGAAAUCCUUGUAUAGAAAUCCUUAUGAAAUCCCCCCCACACACACAUAUCCCCCCGUCCUCUCUGUGAACACUACUCAAACAGAACUCUAAUGGUCUCUGAGCUGCUUGCAGGCCUAUAGACCUCAAGUCAUGUUUGAACAACCAAUCAAUUUCCCUCAUACCUCUCUAUUUGAAAGUAUACUUAGAAUGAGAAAAGUUUUCAAAGUUCAUCCCUCCAUGUCUAAUGGAUUGUUCUGACAGAAAAUGUAGGGACAUCUACAGAGGAGAGUUCUGAAGAAGAGGAGGAUGAAGAGGAGGAGGAGGAUUCUGGUGAGCGGCUGCUAGAGCUCAAAAUCUCUCCAUCACAGUAUGAAUCUUCGGGCUUUAUCACAUCCUCUAACAUAAUGUUCUCUCUCUUUGUCUUUCAACAGACGGCUCUGCUGAGAAAGAAGAAGGAGGUGAGAAAAACACAGCCUCAUUCUCUCAGCUUCAUCAAAAUAAUUUCCAAAUGGCUUGUUUGGAUAUUUUUAGAAAUAAUUGUAUUCUUUUUUUGGUUCUCCCAACAGAAUCAGAGGAGCCUGACGUUGAGGGUUCCAGUAAUGGUGAGUGGGAACUAAAACAUCAGAUACAAUGCCUUAGAGUAUAUCUGCCUCUGAAAUACAGAUGAAUAGGCUCUUUCACCUCAGAAUGACCUGAGUAGAAUGAUUGCUCCUCUCCCCCAACUUCCUUCAUGAGGAGUAACUUCUCUCUCCACAGAAUCAGAGUCGGCUCAUCAACCUCAUGCAGAGGUUUCCCUUGCUAAAGGUAUCCUCAAUUUGACAAAAGUCAUUCUACUAUCAAAUGUUUAGCUUUUUCCACAAAAGGCCUAGCUAUCCUAGAUUGUAAUGGUUGAAAGGCUAGAGAGAGUAUAUCUGGUUUCAUUCAUAGGUUUAUGAAAAUGUGUCUGCAAAUCAUAAUCUGAGAGGGAGUAUUCCCCAAGACGGAGUGCCUAGUUUGACGUUUGACCUCUCCUUUGUCAGAUGUGCCCCCCAAGCCAUGUUGUGAAAAAUGCAAUGCUGUCCAGCAGGUGAGUACAUUUUUGGGAUUGUGGAAUUGAAUGAUAGUUGUGUAAUAAAGCCUCAGCGACGUACAGUAUGGCUGUAGACUCACUAGAGGAACAGGGGCUAAUCUUAGUACCAUGUCUGUUUCUCUAUCAGAGUCAAGGCAAUGAACUGGUUAUUCCCAGGAAGAUCUCUAAAGGGCGCCUACAGUGAGUGUACCUCUUCUACCUGUAGCCUCGUUCCAUCUCUUUCUCUUUCUCACUCAGCCUCUCCUUCUCUCUCUUUUUUCCUCCAUCUCUAAAUCUCUCUGGUUCUGUGUGUCAGGGUGCAGCUGGAGGGAGAGGGGACAUAUGAGUGCUCCGUCACCGGCCUGGUGUUUGAGGUGUCAGAGAGAGUCCUGAUCCGCUACUCAGUCCUGUCCUGGUCCAAGUUCGGCAUAUUCCUCAGGGACUCCUGGAGGUUCGCUGGGCCCAUCUUCAACGUGGACUGUGUCAACAGCCCCUCAUCCAUCCUCACCUCCAUCCAGUUCCCUCACUCCCUCUGCCUCGCUGACCCCGACAGUGAAAUGACCUUCAGUGUCCUGCAUAUGAAGGACAGCUGUCCAGUGAUCGAGCCCUCGGUAGACCACUCUGGCAGCCAUGUAAAAUGGCGUGUGUCGUCCCUGUCCCCGGUGGGGCCCAUUGUCCAGAGCAGCAAGCCUGUAGAGCACCACGGGGUGGUCCUGGUGUAUAAGGAACUGGCUUUGAACAACUCUUACUCCUUUCGCAUCUACCUGGCCACCAACAACUCCUCCGAUAUUAAGGUGAGAUGGACACAGGGUGUAUGUGUGUGGAUUACUGUAACAUGUUACUGAGUCAGAGCAAAGAGGUGAACAUGAUCAGAUAGAUUGUAAUGUCCACUGGCCUGACUUUCUGGUUCUCUGUGCCUCUCUCACUGUGGUCUCUACUGAGGGAAGUCACGUCACACUGGAAGUAUGCGGUCUGUUUAUGUGUGUGUGUGGUGAUCAAGAUUAGUUAAUUAGUUAACACUAUAUCGAGGGCAGUGGUGCGUAUUAAUUAACACAAAUGAUUGUGUAUUGAUUUGUGUAUCUGUAUCUAGGAACAACUCAGAUGGAAACCUCAAACAUUAGAUCUGAAGCUAGCCCAGUGGGCAACACAGGUUAAAAUGACAAUGUUUUGCCAACUGGUAGGGUUAGAUUGGGAUAUGAUACACCAUAUGAUAUCAAAUAUAGACCACAGUGAAUUUUUAGGUCACAGUUCCUGAAAUGUGGUUUGAGCCCUGAUAGUGUGUAGUAGUAUCAGUGGUGAGGGGAGUGACUGAGCUCAGCAGAGACAUCAGAGCACUCAGCAUCAGAACAGCCCAUUUAACCCUACCUAACUGGCCAGGGAAAGGAGUUGUUGACCGUUAGUCAACAGGGAAUAGACAUCCCCACCCUUGUUACCAUUAUUGGAAUCCCUCGCUUACCUAUGGUAAAUCACUGGUCCAUUUCUAUCUGUUCCUUUCAUUCUUUCACUGUCUCUCUGCCUCUCUUUCUCCUCCUCUACCCCUCCCUCACUCCAGGACAUAGGGAAGGAGGUGCGUUGCUCCAAGAGGCGUUACCUGAAGGUAGAGAAGCCACCCACCUGUAAGCUGGAUGAGAGGAGGUACCGCCUCAUGAGCGAACCAGAGGGCGACAUCAGCCCUGCGGUGAGGGUUCAUUCACCCAUUAGUGCAUAACCAGUAAGCACUGACCUAUGUACUGUACACUGAGUAUACCAAACAUUAAGAACACCUUCCUAAUAUUGAGUUGCACCUCCUUUUGCCAUCAGAACAACCUCAAUUCGUCGGGGCAUGGACUCUAUGUUGACUCCAAUGCUUCCCACAGUUGUGUCAAGUUGGCUGGAUGUCCUUUGGAUGGUGGACCAUUCUUGAUACACACGGGAAACUGUUGAGUGUGAAAAAACCCAGCAGCGUUACAGUUCUUGACAAAACCGGUGCACCUGGCACCUACUACCAUACCCCGUUAAAAGGCACUUCAUUCUUUUGUCUUGCCCAUUCACCCUCUGAAUGUCACACAUACACAAUGUCUAUUGUCUCGAGGCUUAAAAAUCCUUCUUUAACCUGUAUCCUCCCCUUCAUCUACACUGAUUUGAAGUGGAUUUUGUUAACUCAAAAUGACACAACGACUAGGUUCCAGUUGAACAACUUUGAAUUCACCGUAUUUCCACAGUACAUUGUUGCCAUCACACUCAGGCCGGGUCCAUCUCCAAAGAGACUACUGCGCAGGCGUACAAAUAACAGAGUGAUAGCACCGUAAUAACAGAAAUAUAGGGAUACUUCAAACUUGAACUUAACUAUCUCCCACUUUUCUUUAAAGACAAAUAAAACAUCAACUAAACAAUUAAAUGUCCCAAGUAUUAUUUAAAGUUCCCCAUUACAAAUGGGUUGUGUGACAACGUUUUUAUUUUUAUUGCUCAAGCUGCCACUUUCCAUUACUGAGUGCCUUUAGGAGCACAAGACCGGCUGCUCCCCUUUUAGUCAGACAGUCAGCAAGCUGUACCUUUGUGGCCGACCACAGAAUCCGCUGGAUUCUCUGUGCUUGAAUACGUUCCUUGAUGCUGCUAAUCUCAAGACAAAGUAUUUUCUCUGUGACAGACUUGGUUGACUUGACAGCAUCAACUAGGGAGUAGUUGUCAGUGACACAAACUACAAGUAUAAUGUGCCGUUUUGUCUCACCAGUGGUAAGACUGUCCUCAUAAGUUGCCAGAAAGAUGUAAUUGUCAAUUCAAUCCGCAAGAGCAAGGGUUUCUCCAGCUAGUGAGCUUCGGACAACCCUUCUGAUCCUCUUUGACUGCCAAUAGAUAGGUGAGAAUCUUCCUUUUUCACCCAUUAACACAAUUAGAUGUUUACCUUGUGUGCCUCCAUCUGUAAGGUUCCCUAGGGAAGCAUCACUGAAGACAACUAGUUUCAGAGUCAUCUUUUCCAACAUGCUGAAACUUUAGAGUCACUUGUUGUGAUUUCAGUUUACGAACAACUUUGUUUGCCUCGUGAAUGGUUUGUUCAGUGGUGUGUUUUGUGUUGGAUGCCAAGUUGCAGCCAUUAAACAUUACAUCAAGUCUACUCUGUCUAGCAACCCAUAGAAUUUGACCUAUCUUUGACCUCAAUUGAUCAGCUUCAAUUCCACAGAGAGGGGAAUUCCUUUGUACGGCUCUUGAAGAAUCCAUAUGGAUGGGUUGAAGAUUCUUGAUAUAGUUUUCCUGUUGCAUCAGUAUUGUUCCGUCAACUGUAAUAAACUCUAAGCCAACAUAACAAAAACUAGCAUGCUCCUCACGGCCGACCUGGAAAACAGCUUUGAGGUGUGGAAUCACAGUUGUAGCAAAGGUCUGUGACCCACCCCAGAUGAAAUCAUCAACAUGACAGGCAAGUACUCCAGUCACAUUUCAGUCUUGAUCAAGCCAAUAGAAGACUGCAGUAUCCACUUGUGACAUUUUCCCACCUGUACUCAGAAUUGUUGACUUGACUUUGUUGUACCAGUAGAGUGAUGCACCUGCCAGGCCAUACACACACUUUUUUAGUUUCCACAGUGUUCCUUCGCUCUUAGCUUCAGGUGGAGGUCGGAUGUGAAUUUCCCUUGACAGCUCUGUUCCCUGCAAAAAUGCAGAUUUGAUGUCUAUGGAAUAAAGUUUCUAUUUUGUCUGGCAGAUCACUGUCAGCAAUCUGAGUGACUCUGAGGCGCAUGUCGGUGAGUCUUUUGGGAGUUCUUUAGCAGCCAGCUCCUCAAAACCUCUAGCCACUAGACGUGCCUUUGGCACUAUGCCAGUUAAGGAUUCUUUAAGGGUACACAACCACCUUGUUGAGACACAUUUUUGGCCAAUUCUUUGACUUCCUCAAGCACUCAAUUUGUCCUCCAAUUACUGAGCUCAUCUAGUUUAGCUGAGUCAAAUGACACGUCCUUUGUUUGAAGUACAUCAUCAUUUUGAAUGUCAUUCUGUUUUUCUCAAUUUUCCAUUGGUUCAAUUCUGAGAUGAUCUACAAGUGACAGGUCAGCUGACCCUGUUGUACCAGAAAGUGUAGCUGGUUCAGAGUACUGCAAGUUGUACCAGUUCUGGUGUUUUCCUUUGGCUUUUCCUGCUCGUCCAAUGACUGUUGCUGUGUGUGGAAUACCACUUUCUCUGUCCAUGUAUUUAACAGUUUGUCCAGUUUUGAGAUUGGAACAACCAUGUUGUCUUAACACAUGUGGCUGUUGUUGAACAUUUUCCUAAUUUGAACCUUCAACAGUAUUACCUGUGUCAUGCUUGAAGGUCUCUGCCCCCAUUUCCUGUCUCAGUUUCAGUGUCCAUAUCAUUGGAUGCGACAUCUGGUAGGUUUGUGUUAAUGUGUCCUUUUUAUCAUUUUCAGUAGGAGGCUGAUUCUCAGCAACAGCCCCUCCAUCUUGUUGAUCAUUUACUUUCCGCAAUUUUAAGUGAUGCACCCUGACAAUGGUGCCUUCGUGCCUCACAAAUAUCACCACACCAUCUUGGUCAAUGACUACUCCCGGUCCUUUCCACUCUUGACAGUCAAAUCGUUUGUCGUACACUUUGUUUCCAGUCUUGUACUUCUCAUCUGUGGGACGAAGCUGUUUACGCAGAGCCCUGAGAAUUCUUUCUGAACACUCUGCUUCAGUGAACGCUUUUCUCGCUGCAUGUAGUGCUGAAAGGUGCUGUCCUACCCAUGCACUCACACUGGUCCCUUCUUGUGCUGGUGGCUUGUCAACCAGUACAGAGGGAAGAUUAGGGUUCUGCCUGAACUCUAGUUGGUAUGGACUGUAGCCAUGAACAUUGUGCAUUGAGUUGUUUGCCAUCAAAGCCCAAUCUAGGACUGUUUUCCAGUCACAUCCAUUAUCUUGCUUCACUUUCAGCAUAAUCUCUGCUCCAUGGACUGUAUGCAGCAGUUGGCUUUACUUCCAUGUUGAAUUUCUCAGCCAUUUCUCUUAUUUCAUUAUUAUUGAAUUCUCCUCCAUUGUCACUGUACAAUUUCUGUGGCGGGCCAUACACACUUAUCCAGGAAUGAAUGAAGUGCUUGACGAUUUCACUGGGUUUCUUUGUAUUCAUAAUGCUUCCAGCACUGAAGCGUGUGAAGUGGUCAAUUAUGUGAAGGUACCGCACACUUGGUCCUAGCUCAUGUAGAUCUACAGCCACUGUUUCAUUGUACUUGGAAGCCAGUGGCAAACCAACAGCUGGUCUGGGCUUAGGUUUGCUGUGUUUCUGGCAUGUCUCACAACUGUUAACUAUCUGCUGUAGAAUGGAAAUACUCUCAUCGUCAUUUCUGAAGUCUGUCAACUGUAGCAUGUCCAAACUGUUUGUGAAGUUUUAACAAAACUUUGUGUUUUACUCUGUGGUCAUGUUCUCUGUGAUGUCAGAAUCUCCAUGUGCUCUGUGUCUGUCAGAAUCUCAUUUUUACAUGGACUCUGUGUGAUGUCUUUGUCUAAAAUGUUUACACAAUAGUAGCCUGAGGUAGUAACUUCAAGGGCCACUGGUUGUUUAAACAUCACUGCCUUGUCAUUUUUUAUGUCUAGUACAGCCCCUGCCUUCUUGAGGGAACCUUUGCUUAAUAGUAAGAGGAUAUCUGCAGGGACCACCUCUGUUUCAAUGUGACACUUAGUCUGACCAAUUUUUGCUGGUAUCUUGACUCUCUUGGUAGAAUGGACGACUCUCCCAUCUCCAAAUCUGAAAGGUCUGUUGCUUGGUGUGUCAAUCAUAUUUUGUACUUCUUUCAUAUUUAGUUCGCUGACAUAGCUAUCAAGCCGUUUUGCACCACACACUGUGUGUGUACAUGCAGUAUCAAUCACAGCAGAUCCUAAGGAUUCAACUAUAAAGAUCUCAGUAUCAGAAGCAGAUUCAUUUGAAAACAGUGUAAUGUUACACUGCUCUAUCUCUGUGUUUACAUUUUCCUCUGUUACUUUAACUUGUUCAGUACAGUCUUUAACCCAAUGGUAAGAGCUUUGACAAAUAGCACAUUUGGAUCUCCUUCCAUACCUGUCCAGUGGAUUUGUGCCAGGCAAUGGCGCCCUCGUCUGGUUGUCUUGAGAACAUGACUUGUUGGGGCCUUUUCUCCACUGCUCAGAGUAAUAUGCCGUGUCACUCACUUUCAUUCUAUCUGUUAUUGGCGCAACAGAUGUCUUUUCACCAAAAAUCAUUUUUAUUGCCGACUUCAUUGACGCAAAAGUCAGCACAGUACAAUCAGUCAAAGCCAAGUGUUUCUCUUUACCAUCCAGACAGGCAGUAUCUAGCAACUUGAAAGCUAACACUGCAUCCGGGAGAACCAUGUCGUACUUGCGCAUCCUAUUGUACCUCUGUUCUAAAUCAAUGAUGUAGUCUGUCAUUGCAACCGAAAUGUCUCUAGUAACACUGUCAAACUUUGAAUACGCCUCGUAGACACAGUCUUUCUCUUCUUUAAGAAAACAGAUUCCAAUGCUCUGAUCAAAGUUCCCAUGCCGUCAUCCUGGUUCAAAUCCUCCGUGGAUAUUUCCAGUGCUGUAUCGCUCACUCUUCCGUCGAGCGAAAAUACCACCGCAAGUGCUUACUUUUUCUCGUCCAGAUUAGUAACCAAUGUCCAGAUUCCAAGUUAAUUGUUCCAACUUUCAUACGACCUCUUCUCGUCAAAGCGAGGUGGCACAUUGUAGUUAUUAGCCAUCCUCUGCUACCAAUGUUAACUCAAAAUGACACAACGACUAGGUUCCAGUUUAACAACUUUUAAUUCACCGUAUUUCCACAGCCAUCACACUCAGGCCAGGUCCAUCUCCAAAGAGACUACUGCGCAGGCGUACAAAUAACAGAGUGAUAGCACCGUAAUAACAGAAAUAUAGGAAUACUUCAAACAUGAACUUAACAGAUGUAACAGGUAACAUCAAUAAGGAAUCAUAGCUUUCACCUGGAUUCACCUGGUCAGUCUAUGUCAUGUAAAUAGCAGGUGUUCUUAAUGUUUUGUAUACUCAGUGUAUGUAUGUACUAUGUGUGUGUAUUUAUAUGUCUGUGCUGUGUGUGUAUGGUGUCCUGUAGGACUUGCUGUUCACGCUGGCCGUGACUAAAUUGAAGGGAUAUUUUGAGGCGUUCUUUGAGCAGCCCCCUCCCUUCAAGCUCUCCCUCAUAGAGACAGAGUCCGACCAGACUGUGUGGUCAGCCACCAUCAGAGAAGGUACGUACAAACCUUCUGAGUGUCUGUCUGUAAUGUGUUGUGAGUGAAGGUGCAGGAGAUUCAUUUGUCUUCCUCUCAGGUGACUGUGUGGACAAUGCAGUUGAAAAACCAAGGAAACGGACAGCUAGUAAGUUUGUCAUUUUUGUUUGCCACCUCUCAAUAUUGGCAUCAAUAGUUAACUUUAUUCCAGUGUAUGUUCUAGAUAUCUAGUUGUCUGUACACAAGCAAUUUUCAUCCAUCAUUAAAAGUAGCUUUUGAUUGACAGGGAUUUUCUCCUCUUCUGUAGGCAGGAAAAGAAGCAACAGCACAUCAGAGGAAGAGAUGACCAAUAAGAGACCUCGAUCUGUAGAUGAGUCAGGUGAUGGUUUGAACACAUCCAAUGUGUCAUUUGCUGUUAUUACUGUGGUGUUAUUCCUGUUCAGUUGCUGUUCAGUUGCCCCUAAAAGUCUAACGUUCCUCUGUUGCUUCCAGACGGAGUGCUGACAGUGCAGGUCCCAGAUGUGUCGUCCAAGCAGCUGAUGCAGGUGGCUAAGCGGCUGGGGAAGGAGUGGAAGCAGGUGGCUAUCGGUUGCCUGGACCUGUCCUCCAAAGAGCUGGACGAUAUACAGGCCAGUGAGGAGGAUGUCAUCAUGCAGAGGUAUAGUUGAUAGAUAUAGUAUCUGCACCCUUAAAACUAAACUUUAUAUUACUUGCCAGACAUUAUUUUUGGGGUUUCUAUUUGAAGCAUUCCUGGCAUAACCAAUCAUACAAUAAUUUUUUAAAACAUUUUUAGUCAUUUAGCAGAUGCUCUUAUCCAGAGCGACUUAGUGAGUGCAUAAUUAAAAAAUAAUAAUUCAUAUGUUUGGUGAAGAUUUAUUUUUUAGAUAAUGUGACCCUAAAUGUGACCCCCCUUUGUGUUGUGUUUCAGGUUUAAGGCAUUGGAGCGCUGGAAGACUGGCAGGCCAAAGGGUCAAGCCACUGUUGCUCACCUCUUGAUGAGCCUACAGGAGCUGGAUGACCUGCCCAACGAGGUCUACCAGACACUGCAAGGUUAGAGACACACCAGUGGAGGCUGCUGAGGGGAGAACGGCUCAUAAUAAUGGAUGGAAACCAUGUGUUUGAUGUAUUUGAUACCAUUCCACCUAUUCCGCUCCAGCCAUUACCAUGAGCCCAUCCUCCCCAAUUAAGGUGCCACCAAUCUCCUGUAAGACACAUUAGACUAGAGCCACACACACACACUCACACUCACCCGUCCGCACACUCAUACACACUCACCUGUCCACACACACAUUUGUACUCAUGCUUGUCUCCAAUUUCUGUCUGUGUUCUCCUCAGAUAUGAUGGACAAUAAAGCUGCCAAAUGAGAUCUCUUUAGCCUCCCGAGGUCCCUGCCUUUCUGCAGCCCUGUCGUUAAUAAGACAGAGAGACAAUGGGAGAGAGACGUUUGAACUCUUGCCUUGAAGACAGAAAUCUCUCUACUUGUGCUGUAUGGAGUAGGAUGAAAGUUUUCUCUAGACCAGAUAUGGGCAACUCCAGUC